GUGACUUUCAACGCUCUCUUCCCCAUCCUUUAAAGGCCUGCAGGUACUCAAGGAAAAGCUAAAGGGCGAAAGGCAGCGGGGGCCGCCCGGCGCCUGCGAGAAGGGCAGGCUGUACGGCGGUGCAGACCUUGCUCCGUGGAGGUGAAGGAAGGUCCUGGGUCGCCAGCGGAACCCGUGCGCAGGACCCGGUUGCAACCCGGCGCCAGGCGGCGGUGCGGUGGGUGCCACGCGCGUGCGCGGCGGCGCUUCCGGCUCCGGCAGCCUCUGCAGUGUGCACCCUAGUUCCGGGCUCCCUGCAGUUCCCGAGGCCGGAGGUGCAAACGGCUUCUGCGGACCUCAAGCUCAGCGCCGGACACCCUGGAGGCGGGCCAGAGGCUGCCGGAGCCCACGCCCGUCGCCGGCGCCGGGAGGAGAGCGGAAGCGGCGUGCGCUCUCCGAGCCCGGCGUUCCGGGCUCGACCGAGCGGCGCUGGAAAAGGGACCCGCGGCGGGGAUGGAGGAAACCCGGGUCGAAUAGGUUUCUCAGCAGAUUCAGGGCUAUAAAGCCAUGCGAGCUCGCACUUUUUAAAAAAGAUGAAGAAAUUAAAACUUAAGGAACUGGAGAGUCGCCUGCAACAAGUGGAUGGAUUCGAGAGGCCCAAGCUAUUUCUAGAACAGUAUCCGACGAGGCCACACAUUGCAGCAUGUAUGCUAUAUACAAUCCAUAACACAUAUGAUGACAUUGAAAAUAAAGUGGUUGCAGAUCUAGGAUGUGGUUGUGGAGUACUUAGCAUUGGAACUGCAAUGCUAGGAGCAGGGUUAUGUGUUGGAUUUGACAUAGAUGAAGAUGCACUGGAAAUAUUUAACAGGAAUGUGGAAGAGUUUGAGUUAAUGAAUGUUGACAUGGUUCAAUGUGAUGUGUGCUUAUUGUCUAACAGAAUGUCCAAGUCAUUUGAUACAGUAAUUAUGAAUCCUCCCUUUGGGACCAAAAAUAAAGGGACAGAUAUGGCAUUUCUGAAGACUGCUUUGGAAAUAGCAAGAACAGCAGUAUAUUCUUUACACAAAUCCUCAACAAGAGAACAUAUUCGAAAGAAAGCUGCAGAGUGGAAAAUAAAGAUAAAUAUUAUUGCAGAGCUGCGAUACGACCUGCCAGCAUCAUACAAGUUUCAUAAAAAGAAAUCAGUGGACAUUGAUGUGGACCUAAUUCGGUUUUCUUUUUAAAAGCCUCCUAAGACAAAUUAAAACCUAAUUAAGAUGAAUUUAAAAAAA